ACGAGGAGUCAAAACAAAACUAUGGAAAAGGAAAUGUUUAAUCCAACAUCAUCAAUAGUCGCAGCUUUGUGCUCAUAUUUACUUGAAAAACCGAUUAUAUUUCCUGCAGCAGACCUACCGAAAAAUGUAUUCAGUUUCAUUCGUGUACACAGAGAAAAAUUGGAACCCCAUGGCGAAUUCAGCUUUCCCUGUAGUCUAGAUUUAUGGAAGAACUGUUGUAAGGAAACAGGCUACAAGAUUCGUGAAGUUGCAUUUGCAAUGUUUACGGAGGGGGAGGAAGAUACUUCUAAUGCAGCAAAACAAAAGUUUCUGAAUGCGGCUGCAUGCUGGGAAUUUCCAAUUGAACGAAUACGUAUUGAUAAAGAGCGUUGUUUCUUGUUUCUACAGCGGCGUGUAGCAAUGGGAAUGCUGCUUCGAGAAGUGUUAAAAGAAAAAACUCAUACACGAAGAUAUGGCAACCUAAAAAAGGAUCCUAACCUUUGUGUAUUGUUAAGCACUACUAAACAAACAGAAGAGGAAGUUAAAGAACUACCGUUUUAUCGUGCAAAUCUUUUAGAAGCAAUUUUGCGCAGAGUUUUAGAAUACUCCCAGUGGAAUGUGGUAACAGAAGAGGACGGUAUCGAUGCCAAAAAAGGUAAUGGACCAUCUGUUUUGCAAUUGACUGUAACAAGUACUGCUGGCAAACCAUUGCCACAUCCAACGGUUAUUCCCCCUAGUAAGUUGAGAUACGCAACAAUACGUAGUGGUUUAGUCAUUGAUCCGCUUACCGGAAAAAUGACCAAAUUGAAAACCAGUGAGUACCUAAGUUGUCGUUCGAAUGAUAUGUGUUUAAUGGCUAUGCACAAAUAUGGUGUUCGAGUAAAAGACGAUUCAAGGUUUAACGCGUUAUUGACGCGCUUAGGUGCAGCGGCAGUAACUGUUGACUUAAUGGAAGUACGUUUUUCAAGUCCAGUACAAAUAAUUCGAAGUGGAAAAGGAAGCACUAAAGGCGCUGCAUUUAUUUUGUAUAACUCCGCGCGGCUUGAAUCAUUGCUUCGGCGAUUUGAUGAAAAAGUGGAAAACGGUGACUAUGGAGACCUGCCCUCCCUGGAUAAUAUUGAUUUGACUUUACUUGACGAAGAAGAAGAAUGGCAACUAGUGUUUAGCUAUAUAUUUGCAUUUCCGAACUUAAUUGAAAACUGUUUGGAACGGAUAGAAAAAGGGAUAUGUGCCGUUCACACUAUCAUUCGAUUUCUUGGAGAUUUGGCUUCGCUCUUCAGUGUCUAUUAUCGACGCAUACGCAUUCUGACUCAAGAAACGCGUGAACACUUAUUGCCGUGCGUAUAUGCCCGUAUUUACUUGGUAAAAGCUGUGCGUGAAAUUCUUAAUCGAACAUUGGCACUACUCGAUAUAGAGCCGGUUCAGUUUAUGUAAACGGCCAUGCAAAUAUGUACAUUACAAUUUAUACAAGUGAAUCUAUACUAUACAAAUUAAAAUAUACCAAAUACAUUAAAAUCUUUUUGGCAAAAAAAAGCAUUUGUUUAGUGU